AUGACGGACCAACAAAAAUUACAACAACAAAUUAUCAACGAGGUUAAUAAUUUGAUGGUGAUGGACUAUGAAAUAGUACAGGCCAAGACCAAUGAACCCGUCUCGGUACAAUAUUUUUGUAACCGAGAUUGUGAGCCCCUUUAUUUCCCCGAUCGAACACUAGCCACACUGCUCCAAGUCAACCUGUCCACUCUGAGAGGACGUUUCAACCGUUUGACCAAAAAAUAUUCUGGCAUCCGUGUUUUGAUCUCUGAAAAAUCCAAAGCUCGUCUUACCAAUUACCAAUUUGUUUCUUGUCAACCAAAUAACAACAAUAACAAUAACUCAAAUACAACAUCACCAUCAUCAUCAUCGUCGUCUUCAUCACAGACACGAAACUCACCAUCACCACCAUCGACAGUACCACCAUCACCUCCAUUACAAUCGGUUGUCAUUGCCGGCGCCAAUGCAAAUUACCCUGGUGGAGAUGAAUCGGGAGCCUCGUCGUUACAUGGUUUGGUUGCGCUCAAUCAUAUCGAUCUCGUCAACCACGCCCUCAGCGAAUGGAUAGCACUUAACCACGAACGUCUUGGAACUGCCAUCCGUGACAUUGAGAUUAAUCUCAGUCGUGCCAAGCUCUCUUACAUUCGUCACAACGACAUUAUCACACUCUUGCCUAAAAAGUACGAGUGUCCUUCCCCUUCUUCAUCUCCCCCAACCUCACCUUCGCAUUAUUCCGUUAAUCCCUACAACCAACAACAACAACAACAAAUUCGUCAAUCCAAUUAUUCAUCUUCUGUUCCUCAACAACAAUUUAAUAUUGGAUCAAGUCCAUCAAUCAAUCAAUUUAGAUCUCCGUCUUCAUCGUCAUCCAAUAACAAUAACAAUCAUAAUAAUAAUACUUCACAACAUACAUCAAAUUAUAUUAUGAAUUCUGGUUUAAAUUAUUUGAUGAAUUGUAGUGCAGUAGAAAGUUUUAGACUUGGAUCAAAUUAUGAAAAUGGGCAUGGUGGAUCACCAUGUUCGUCAACGAGUACCCAGUCACCUUUGACAUCACCAAGUGAAGAUGACUAUAGUCUAAAGUAUUCCAGUUCCUCAUCUCAAUUGUUGACAACACCCAACCCACAUAAAAGAAUUGGUGGUAGUAGUAGUGGUGGUUUGGAUUAUCCUAACCUUAAUCCAUUCCCAUCACACAAUCAUAAUCACAGCCACCACCACAGCCACCACAACAACAACCAUCAACCUCUUCAAUCAAUUCAACAAACCUUUUCCCCUCACCACCACCACCACAACCACCAAUCACAACCACAUGAUUACUUAUAUCACGUAGAACAAGAACACCAAAGAUCAUUGUCAACCAAGAAACAAAAGCAACAACACAACUUUCUUGGAAAUCCUACCAUGAGUACCAACAACCCAAUCAUUGUCGAUUGUUCCUACGAGAAUGAAACCACUGGAAUCAAGAAAAAGAUUGACCUCAACAACUUUUCUGGAUUCCCCAGCCUCUUUAAGUUCCUCGAGUCCUCCUUUGCAUCGGCCCUACAAAAGCCACUUGGAGACUCGUUUGAUAUCUUUUGGAGUGAUAUUGCUGGCAAUGGUUCCAUCCGUCAGAGAAUCGACAAACAACGCGAUGAUUUGGAUUGGAAUGAUUUCUUAAUCAAUGUCCGUGAGAUUAUUAUCAAACAACGUUCAACCUCUUUGGCGGUAUCAACAACAACUACAUUGUCGCCAUUAUUGGCUGCUGCAGUUGCCACCAAUACCCCAUCCCCUCUCAAAUGUUCACCCCUCUUGCCCUAUUGUCCACCUCUUUCCACUACCAACCAACAUGUUAUGGCCGUCCAAACUAGAUUAUUUAUUGUCCUUAAGAGUCCACUGCCAGUAUCAGUUUAA